GCCAUCUCAGUGUUCUCUUGGAGGAGCAUGCGGCGCGUCACCAACAGUUGCCGCUUGGUUGGCGUUAAAGCUGAAAUUCACUACAGUGGCUUGCGUCAGUGAAUGCUCAGAGCGCGUCUGAAAUCUUGGACAGUCGUAAUUCGGAGACCACUUGAGCGUUUGCUUUGUUUAUUUGGCUUUUUUAGCUCAUGUAAAUUUAGUAGCUCGUUUACGAUCUGUACGGGAUCUCGGGUGUCUCAGUUGCUCAGGGCUGGUCGAGGUGAUCUAAGAACCAGUUAAUUGUUUGAAAUCUCCCGAAUGCAUGUGGGGCACCCUGCUUUUAAACGGAGUCUCAAUGGAUUUGAAGUGGGACAAAGUGGAUCUAUCUGUGGAACUGAAAUUCUAAUCCCUUCCUGUCUUCAAAUAAACUGCUAUACAACACUUUCAAUUCCCACGGGCAGAAAACGCAAUGAUUAUCACAGCUUUAUACGUCAUGUUGUCCGUGUUGGAUGUGCUGCUGUCUGCCGAGGAGGGUGUGCUGGCUAGCAUGGGUCGGCUGGACUGCGUGAAAGCGAGCGAACAGUGUCUGAAGGAGACGGGCUGUAGCACAAAGUAUCGGACAAUGAGGCAAUGCGUGGCGGGGAAAGAGAGCAAUUUCACCAUGUUGGCGGGACCCGAAGCGCAGGACGAGUGCAGAAGCGCGAUGGAAGCCAUCAAACAGAGUCCGCUCUAUAACUGCAGAUGUAAACGGGGCAUGAAGAAAGAAAAGAACUGCUUGCGCAUUUACUGGAGUAUAUACCAGACGUUACUAGGAAAUGGCGUACUGGAGGAUUCUCCCUAUGAGCGAAUGAACAGUCGUCUCUCUGACAUUUUCCGGUUAGCUCCUAUAAUUUCAGGUGAGCCUGCCCUGACAAAGGAGAACAACUGCCUGAAUGCAGCCAAGGCUUGUAACCUGAACGACAUGUGUAAGAAGCACCGGUCUGCCUACAUCAGCCCUUGCACCAGCCGCAUCUCCACCGCCGAGGUCUGCAACAAGCGGAAGUGCCACAAGGCUUUGCGGCAAUUCUUUGACAAGGUCCCGCCCAAACACAGCUAUGGCAUGCUCUUCUGCUCCUGCCCGCCUUCUGACCAGUCUGCUUGCACCGAGCGCCGCCGCCAGACCAUCGUUCCUGUGUGCUCCUAUGAGGGCAAGGAGACGCCCAACUGCCUGUCCCUGCAGGCAUCCUGCAAGACCAACUACAUCUGCAGGUCACGUCUCGCAGAUUUUUUUGCCAACUGCCAGCCAGAGCCUCGUUCCCUGUCUGGCUGUCUGAAGGAGAAUUAUGCUGACUGCCUGCUGUCCUACUCCGGUCUCAUUGGUACAGUGAUGACUCCUAACUACCUUCGGUUUCCUUGGAUCAGUGUUUCGCCCUGGUGUGACUGCAGCAACAGUGGGAACAGAAAAGAGGAGUGUGAUAAGAUCAGCCAGUUCUUCACUGACAACUGCUGUCUGAGAAAUGCCAUCCAGGCAUUUGGCAAUGGCACUGAUGUAGGUGUGUGGCAGCCUGUGCCCCCGAUCCUUGCCCCUUCUACCAACUCCCCCCCUAAUAGAAACCGGUAUCCCAAUGCCCUGGAUGACUCCACCCACAACAACCACCUCCACCCAGCUGCUGGCUCCGUCUACCACUUCUGCAGCAGCCUACAGGCUCAGAGGUUGAAGUCUAAUGUGACAAUGGAAACACUGCUGUGCGUGGAUCCUCCAAUAGACGACCCCAGCUCCCCCAUCUCCCGGAACUCCUGGAAUCGUCCGGCUACGCUCAGUCAAAGGGUGCUACUGCUCGCGCUCCAAUCUGCAAUCUCUAUGGAGCUGUUGUAGCCACUGGAAGAAGAGCUACCCUUUCUCCUGUCUCCUUGUGGUGUAGUUUUAAGUUUGCGUGAUGGUUUUUGAACUGUAUAUUUACAAGGAAGUAUGGAGGCAACACAGAAACAGUAUGUCAAAGGUUUAGCGCAAAUCGCGUUAUAACUAAACAUUUGCUAUAUCUAAGUGCACCGUGAGGAAAGGCUCAGUAUUUUGGCAACCAGCAUAUUAGCGUUUGAGGGGGAAUAAUUUGAAGUUUUCACAGUGUGCUUAUGUGAAGGGGUGGGGGGGCUGGUGCCAAAAACAGAUUAUAAUUGAGUUAAUUGUCACUCAUUAUUAGCAGGGCAUUGUGGGUGGUGUAUCUUCGUUAUUGUGUUAGAAAAUGUGUCUGGUCUAUGUGAGGUAAAGUUUUUUAUAUUUUCUGGUGAGAUGACAGGGACGAGUAAUGAUGCCACUGGGGGCUGCAGGGUUCCACGCAGAGUCAAGCCCUCCCAUUUUAGCAUUCGCUGGCGCUGUUGAAAAACACACAUGCCCUAUUGUGAGGAUCCGUUUUCUCACCAACACCCUACAUAUCAAUCGCUAUUUUUACACAUCUCACAGAAAACAAAACAGAUUUGACCAUGUAAUUCUUUUCAGUUCAGUUUGAAUAUUACACUGAAUUAUCCAUAACAUUGGGGAUAUUCAAAACAACUGACAAUUAUAUGCUAUAUUUGAUUUUGAAGAUAUCAAGUCACAUAUUACCAAUCAGUCUAUUGAAGGUGACCCAUCUUGUCUAAUUGUACAUGGACAUCCAAUCACACAGUCAUCCAACAAUAUUAUGGUAUUAUACCUACUCAACUACUUAAAUGACAUUCACAAACGCUAACAUGCACUCAAACCAAAUUUUGUGUGCAAUAAUUAUUCAGAAUACGGCUAAUUAAAAAGCACGCUAUUUUAGGACGAGGGGACCAGAAUAAAUACAGUGAGCACCAUAAUUAAUGCUGAGUCUGCACUUCAACCUCAUUAUAGCCUUUCAAACUCAACGUGCUAGAGUACAGUACGACAAUAACCAAAAAUAUGUCACUGUCCAAUGAAAUAUGGUGCUCACUGUAUGUGAAAUAUGCCUUUACAUGAUAAGUUCAUCCUAUCAUCUGAUCUGUUUAAACAGUGUUCUUUCUACAGUAUCCCAGUACAUUCACAAUGGAAAUAGUUUUACAUACUUAAUCACUGGAUGCAAGGGUCUGAGCAAACCGUCAUUUGUGUCCAGUUGAUAUGAAAGUGUAAUUCAUCUCAGUAAUGUAGAUAUGAAGUGAGUGUGGAUAAUGUGACAUUCCUGUCCUGUACUGAAUGCAGCCUUUAAACAAGGGAUCCCAUCACUCCACACGUUUCACAAGCCAUCGCUGACCCCCAUAUGCAGUAACGUACCCGCUGAACCUUUCUCAUUGCAUAUAAUUGGAUGUUUGUAAUGUGGUUUAGUGUAAAAACUUGCAUAUACAGGGCUGUAUAUGAUAUAGGAAUGCAAUGAAUUAAAAAUGGUGUAAGGACAUCUGAAUACAAGUAGACACAAGUACACAGCAGAGACCAUUGGGUUGUUUUUAUGGUAAAUACUAGUCUGUGUAAAUCCUGGGACAUUUUUUCAUGUAUCAACAGUAUAUUCAAUACAGGUUUACAGUCAGUGGGCCAUUCUGCUAUUUAAACCAAUUCCAAAAUCUGUUCGAAAAUUCUAUCAAAAAAAAUACUGUAGUAAAUCUCUGCCAUUGCCUGAUCAUUGUUUGAGAAAUAUUCAUUAUAGCCAUUCCAAUAUCCCUUGAAUAAAAUCCAAACUAGACAGACCAGUGGCCAGGAAACGGGAUGCAAUUACCAGGCAAAUGAAGGCUAGUGGCAUGGGGGUCAGUAACUCCAACCCCAUUCAAUCUAAAAAAAUAAAACAAUUUUAUUUUUGUAAUACUCUUGUCUAUGUGACAAGAGUCAACUGGUUUUAAAAUAUGAAAGAAAACAAGAAAACAAGUUCAUAUUUCAUUUUGGCUACAUCACUUCUUAGCUUGCGAAAAUGUGCCAUCUAUUAGAAAAAGUCAUUAAAAAUGUUGAUCCAAA